AGAAGAAGAAGAAGAAGAACACGUAGUGCACUUGUCUCGAGAGCUGCUUUGGCUAGUUGUUAGCUGGCUAGCUAACGGUUUGUGAAGUCUCACACAUUGGGCUAGAAGGGGGAAGCGUAGCGGUGGAGAAGAAGGGCGACCCAAGCGCCGCUACGAAAUGGCCGGGCAGCAGUUCCAGUACGAUGACAGCGGCAAUACUUUUUUCUAUUUUCUCACGUCCUUCGUGGGCCUUAUUGUGAUCCCGGCUACAUAUUACCUCUGGCCCCGGGAUCAGAAUGCUGAACAACUGCGUCUGAAGAGCCUAAGACGGGUACAUGGCAGGUGUCUGUGGUACCGGCUCAGGUUGAUGAAAUCACAACAGAGCAUUGUCCCAACACUAAAGAAAGCAGCCUUGUUAUUUGGCUGGGCUGUGUUCCUGCUGCUAGCCUACAAGGUUUCCAAGCUGGACAGAGAGUACCAGGAGUAUAAUCCAUAUGAAGUCCUCAACUUGGACCCGGGUGCAUCGCUUUCAGAAAUCAAAAAGCAAUAUCGUGUACUGUCGCUCAAGUACCACCCUGACAAAGGUGGUGAUGAGGCUACAUUCAUGAGAAUUGCCAAAGCAUAUGCUGCUCUGACCAAUGAGCAGUCACGAGAAAACUGGAUACUCUAUGGCAACCCAGAUGGUCCAGGAGCAACCAGUUUUGGUAUUGCUCUGCCUGCCUGGAUUGUUGACCAGAAGAACUCAAUGCUGGUGCUGUUAGUUUAUGGACUAGCCUUCAUGGUCGUCCUUCCUGUUGUUGUGGGCACAUGGUGGUACCGCUCCAUCCGAUACAGCGGGGACCAGAUCCUCAUCAACACCACCCAGCUCUUUAUGCAUUUCAUGUACAAGACACCCAACAUGAACAUGAAGCGGUUAGCCAUGGUGUUGACAGCAGCGUUUGAGUUCGACCCUCGAAGCAAUAAAGAAGCCACCAUCCGGCCCACAGAUAAUAUUGAAGUACCACAGUUGAUCCGUGAGUUAGGAAACAUCAACGUGAAGAAGAAGGAGCCUCCAUUCUGCUAUCCUUACAGUCUAAAGGCUAGGGUGUUGGUGCUCGCUCACCUGGCACGUAUGGAUGUAUCAGAGGAAUUGGAGGAAGAUCAGAGGUUUGUGACGCGGAAGAGUCCAGCUCUCCUUCAGGAGAUGAUCAAUGUAGGCUGUCAGCUGACCAUGAUGGCUAACAGCAGAGGAGGUUUCCAUGCUCCUCGAUUAGUAACCAUAGAGAACUGUAUGAAGCUGACCCAGAUGAUCGUUCAGGGUCUGCAGGAGUCAAAGUCUCCGCUGCUGCAGCUACCUCAUUUUGAAGAGGAGCACCUGCGCUACUGCAUCUCUAAAAAGUAUAAAGUUCGGAGCCUCCAGGAUCUGGUGAGCCUCAAGGACUCAGACAGGCGGAGCAUGUUGCGUUUCCUAGGGGAAGAGAAAUAUGAUGAGGUCAUGGCUGUCCUGGGCAGCUUCCCUCACAUCACCAUGGAUACCAAACUGCAGGUCCUUGAUGAUGAAGACAGCAAUAACAUCACAGCAGGUUCUAUUGUAACAGUGACGGUCACCUUAACCAGAAAACGGAUGGCGGACGUGUUUGAGAAGGAGCAGGAGUCAACACCAUGCCCAGCAGAUGAGGCUGCCACUACAGAGGAUGUAACAGGAGACUCAAAAGCCAAAACGAAAGUGUGGCAGAACAAGAGUAAAGGGGCAAAGAAGACAGCAAAAUCCAAGAAGAAAAAAUUAACCAAGAAGAAGGCCACUCCUGCUCCCGUUAAAAACAAGCAGGCCAAUGGCAAUGUGGCAGGAAACGAAGUUGUUGCAGCAGCCACAGCAAAGGAGGAGGAUGACGACGCCUCAGACAAAGGCAGCGACUCAGAAGAGGGUGAAGCAAACAAGGACUCUCCCAGUGAGCGGGAUGAAGACAGCGACAAACAGAGCGACACAGAGGUGGAUGAGAUGGGUGGUGAUGAUGAAGAGGAGUGGGAGGCGUUGCAGCAGAGCAUCCAGCGGCGAGAGCGAGCUCUGCUGGAGACAAAGUCAAAGGUGACGCACCCCGUCUACAGCCUUUACUUCCCCGAGGAGAAGCAGGAGUGGUGGUGGCUCUACAUUGCAGACCGCAGGGAUCAGACCCUCGUCUCCAUGCCGUACCACGUGUGCACAUUAAAAGACACAGAAGAGGUGGAGUUGAAGUUUCCAGCUCCCUCCAAAACAGGAAACUACCAAUAUUCUGUCAUUCUCCGUUCUGACUCCUAUCUGGGACUGGACCAGAUCAAACCACUCAAGCUGGAGGUCCACGAGGCCAAGGCCAUGCUGGACAACCACCCACAGUGGGACAUCCCCGACACAGAAGAGGAGGACGAGGAGCAGGAAGACAGUGACGGCAUUGAGGAGAGCGAAGAAGACGACGAGGACAACGACUGAAUGCGGAUGCACACAGACACACGCUCAGACCCUGCACCCUCCCUGCUCCCCAUGGACCGGCUGCCCACCCACCUCUGACCCUACAAUGGCACUCAAGAGCAGAGAACGAGGAGCGCCAACAUACACAAAACCACCAGGGACAGUUUAUACACCCAGAGCUCCCUCCUCCAUGGACUGUGGGCCCGCCCUUCCACUUCCUGUUUUCUACAGAGACUUGUUCAUUACACUUUCUGCUGCUGGAGCAGAGGAUGAUUCUGUGAAUACUUACCCAGGCCCCUGCGUGCGACUGGAUGCAUAUGUGAGAGAGAGUGAGUGUGCUUCAGUAUUGGCGAAUGGUGUGUGAUUGUGUUUGUAUCCUUGUAUGUGUUUGUACAGGUAUGAAAUAUUGACACACUGUGGACUGGAGGACCUAGUGUUUGGGCUCUUUUUCUUUAAAGGGGGGAUAGGGGAUGUAAAAUGGCUAAUCCCGCAAAAAUUAACAAAAACACAAUGAUUUCUGUGUGGACAUGACAAUGCUCUCGCUCCUAAUUUUUUUUAAUCACUCAGCACCAAUGUUUUCCACACCAAUGAUACUUUCUAUUGUACUCUUAAACUGCAGAAGUGCGAGCUUUAGCCCUCAUACAUCCGAGUCGACCACUGGGACUCGGUACAGAGGAACACGGUUAAGUCUCAUCUUUUUUUCUUUCAGUUUUACACCAGCCGGUCACCUGUACUCACUGUUUGUUAAAGGAGAUGCUCUCUAACACCUGCCCUGCUCCGUUAUCCACAUCAAACCUCCAAAUAAAAUGCAGGCGGAUCUUUCAUGACCUCAAGUACAAGGCGGAAAGCUCCUAAAGCAGCAGUGUUACGAUUAAUUUCAGUACUCUCAUUGUCUGUUUAUUACAUAACAGUUGUGAGUUUUCAGUCUCUAAAGGGGCUCAUAUAUAUAUGGAUAUAUACAUACUCGAAGUUUUUUAGAAAAGUUUCUUCCCUUUGCUUCCUUUCUUUUCAAUUGUAGCACAUUCCAGUGUAAAAUCAUUGUCCAAAAUGGCCUUAUGAUACAACUGAAACACCACAACGUACAAGUCUGUGGGUGCCAUGCACCGCUAGUUCUUGGGAGAGCAGAAAGAAAAUGUGUUUUUGUGUGUUUAUUAAAAUCUAGUUUUUUUUCAGCUUAGUCUCUUCAUGAUAACCUUAUUCAGUCUUCAAAUACAUAUCACAUCUUUUCAUGGAAACAUCUCCAAGUACAGUUCUCUCUAAAUUGCAAGUUUGGAGUGUCAUGAUUGGCCAUGUCCGAUGUGGGGCUCCUAACACAUACAGCACCCAUGAUGUCAAACAAAAAACCUAUUGAGGUAAUGUUUAGUGUAAAGCUAAGCAUAUUUUGUCCCGUGUUUUCUUUCUAUAGCCAUUAACACAGAACUAGCUUAAUUUUUUUAAGUAAAAUUGCCUCUUCAUAUGGACUUUAUUUCUCACAACCAAAUCUUCAAGAGGAGCUUUUAACUUAAAUUUAAGAGGUAUAUUAAGCAGACCAGGCUCACCAAGAGAACCUGUUUCUUCACAAUCUUUCUUUUCUGUUCACUCUAACAAAUGUAACACAUACAUCUUUGUCUUUUCUUUGGUGAAAACUCGAGUGCAAAAAAGAAAAUCAGAGCUUCCAUGUGCAGCUCUGCAGGCUCUUAAGGUAUGUUGACGACUUGGCAGUUUAUCUUUAUGAAAUAAGUCACCAAUCCCUCACUCAAGAUUGUUUUCUUGGUUUCUAUAUUUAUGGCUGUGUUACGUUGGUGUGGGAGAGACGGUAUGAAUUUCUGUGGGCAUGCUCACCUGACACCACAUAACACGCUUAGACAAACUCACAUGCAAUGUACCCUCCUGUAAUUGUGUUGAAGGCAGGUGUUUGCUAACAGGUGAUAUUGUUCUCCCGAGUAUUUAGUGCUCUGCAAUAGAAUGUAGCAUCAGUGAUUAACGCUGUGUGGAAAAAAACAAACAAACUGCAGUGAGGUUAAACACGACACCAUCUUUCCCAUGACAGACCUCGUCUAGGCGACUGGCCAGCAGGCCGCCUCAUGUCGGACAAACUACCCAAUGACUAUCUGCCACUUUUGUUUACAAAGGAACUGUCAUUGUAAAUGGAAAAAUAUAUUAUUUGUAUUUAAAAUCAUUUCAAAUAAAAACUUUUAAAUUA